AUGAUGCAGAUUGUUGCAUGGAAUGUUAGGGGUCUGAAUCAGGCCCCUAAGCAAUUUGAGGUGCGAUCUUUUAUUUCUUCUCAAAAGUUAACGUUUGUCGCUCUUUUAGAGACUAGAGUCCAGGAGAGGCAUGCUGCUGAUGUCUCUCACAAUGUUAUGCCCUUUUGGAAUUGGGACUUCAACUAUGAUACUUGUGAUGGGGGUCGUAUCUGGAUAGGUUAUGACCCUAACGCCCUUAGUGUGCAAACCUUACUCAAGUCGGACCAGGAUAUCCAUGUCAAAGUGACGAGUUCUGAGAUCCUAAUCCCUUUCGUCCUGUCUUGGGAUUUCAAUGUGUGCCGUGAUUGUUCUGAGAUGAGGGGUGGCAACACCUCUUUCUCCCUGGGUAUGCGCAGGUUUAACUAUUUUCUUUCUUCUACCUCGCUUCAGGAUUUGGCUUAUAGUGGCCCUAAGUUGACGUGGACCAAUAAGAGGUUUGGUGAAGAGUGUAUUCUCAUGAAGCUCGAUAGAGCUCUGGUCAAUGAUGAUUGGCUCUCCCACUAUCCGAAUAGCAAAACUCUCUUUCUUCAGCCAGGGAUUUCUGACCAUAGCCCUAUCGUAGUGGCUUUGUUAGGAGAUCUUCAGCAUAGGGGCAGCCCUUUUAGGUUCCUUAACCAUCUUGUUGAUCACCUUAUGUUCUUGGAUAAGGUGGAAGCCAGUUGGAUGAGGCAAAUCCAUGGAGUUCCCAUGUUUCAAGUUGUUCAAAAGCUCAAAGCUGUCAAAAAUGCUAUGAAGACUCUCAAUAGGUCUAGGGGUCAUGUUUUCGACCUGGUCUCAUCCCUUAGGAACCAUCUUCUUAGUAUCCAACAUCAUUUGCAGGACAAUCCUCAUGACCCCGCCCUUCACCAGCAAGAGCUUGAGUUGAACAGAGACCUUUUAGUAACCCUUGCACAAGAGUCUGACCACUUUCGCAUUCAUGCUCGGAUUAGGUGGUCAGCUGAGGGAGAUAGAUGCUCUCGAUUCUUCUUCCAAUCCAUGCUCGCUAAGCGUAAUAGUCACUGUAUUAUGAACCUCCUUAGAGAAGAUGGCACCCUCACCGAGUCCAAAGAUGAGGUUGCGGAUGUUUUGGUCUCCUAG